CAGGGUUGGGCAGUAGGUCUGGGAGGCACAGCAGCCAACCCCUCCUGGCUGGCUAAUGUGCUUGAUACAGAGGUACAGGCAGGCCCCUCCCAGUCCCCAGAGCCACAGCGCCUAGCAACAGCUCUGCCAGGCAGGACGCACAGACCUCCCUGGAGCUCCACAGGCAAGACUCAAGGACACAGGCAGGCCAGCUGUUCACUUGCACCCACAAUGGACGCUGUGGACGCCACCAUGGAGAGGCUGAGGGCCCAGUGCCUAUCCCGAGGGGCCUCGGGCAUCCAGGGCCUGGCCAGGUUUUUCCGCCGCCUGGACAAGGAUGGCAGCCGGUCUCUGGAUGCAGGGGAGCUGAGGCAGGGCCUGGCACAGCUGGGGCUGGAGGUGGAGGAGGCAGAGGCAGAGGCUCUGUGCAGGCGCUGGGACCGAGAUGGCAACCGGACAGUGGAGCUGGAGGAGUUCCUUCGGGCACUCCGGCCCCCCAUGUCCCAGGCCCGGGAGGCUGUCAUUGCAGCUGCCUUUGCCAAGCUGGACCGGACUGGGGAUGGUGUGGUGACUGUGGAGGACCUGCGGGGGGUGUACAGUGGCCAGGCUCACCCCAAGGUACGCAGUGGAGAGUGGACGGAGGACGAGGCCCUUCGCCAAUUCCUCGGCAACUUUGACACACUUGACAAGGAUGGGCAGGUAACGCUGGCCGAGUUCCGAGACUACUACAGUGGGCUCAGUGCCUCCGUGGAUACAGACGCAGAAUUCGUGGCCAUGGUGAGCAGCGCCUGGCGCCUCUGACAUGGCAGCCCUCACUUGCCCGACAGCUGCCCUUAGCCUAGUCCCUUCACCUACCUGGACCCUGUCACCACUGUCCCAGGGGCCCCAACUAGACACAGGGAGGGGGAUGUGUGAGAACGGAGGCUGAAGAACCGGCUGGACCAGGUUUCCCGAGGGGCUACCCAGACCUGGCAAUGGCUGGAUUGAUCACUGGCCCCAGCAGGGCCCCCCCCAGGCUGUCUGGAGGCCAGGUGCAUGGGAGGCUGGGGCUUUAGUUGAAAGUUUUAAUGCAGUUCUCAAAUACAUUUCAUAUGACAAUCUUACAUAAAUGUUCCAAAACACA